CUUGUGUAUAAAAGUUUCAGUAAAAGAUCAAAGUAAUCUUGUUUACUUCAAAAAGGUAGCCUUUAGAUAUUUCCGUAGUUUGUGUUAAAAUCAUCAAUGGCCGUAGCUAAAGCAGUUAAUUUUGAUCAAGCAGAGUCUUCCAAUGAGAUAUUGUCAACAUUUUUCUCACAAACGGUGCAGUGUGAAAGAGUAGCCAACUCUCUAUUAAAUUAUAUUAAAUCUUUAAGAUCAAUGAGAGAUGCUAGUCGCCAUGUUACAUCAUCCAUGAUGCAGCUAUGUCCAGCUAAUUGGACCGGUCAAAAUAGAGAUAAACUCGCUGAUUGUUUGGAGGAUCAAGGUGAAGUUUUGAAUAUUGCUGAAGGAUUAAUCAGAGCCAUAUUUCCCACAUUAAAACGACAUCAUAUGUGUAUCAAUGACAUUCAGAGUAUUCUUCUCGACUUGGAAAGAAAGAUGCUUGAAAAUAAUGAAAUGCAUCGUGAAUUUGAGCUAAUGAAAAUAAACCACAGAUUAACACGACAGCAAGAAGAGCAGAUACGGUUUAUGCUGCGUGAUACUGAUAGAGCUAUAGAUCUUAUAUCUGGAGAAGUUGCAGAACGUUUGAAUGGAAUGGAUGAAAGUACCUUUACUAUAGUUAAAGAUGUUCUCAUGAAGUUUGAAGAAGUCCAGGAAAUUAUAUCGUCAGAAAAUUUGGAGAUUGUACAAAUUGUCGACGGUUUAGUCAAAACCUUGCCUAAACCAGGACCCAAGUUCUCGCGAUUAAGUCAGGACGAUUGUAAUGAAAUCAUCAAAACGUUUAAAGUACACAAUUUUCAAUUGCUGGAGACGCAGGAGACCAUGAUGGAAAAUAGAAAAGAAAGGGCGUCGUUAGAUAAGGUUUCUGUGAAAGAAAGAUUACGGGUUGGAAUAAUAAACAUGGCUCAAUCAUCGCAUCGUGACUUGGAAAGUGAGUUACAAGAACUAUCCCACGAACUUGAGAAUCAAGCGUAUUCUACUGCUGCUGAAACGACUUCUGCCCAAGAAAGUGAAAGAACAGCAGAUGACAAAACAAACAGUAAUACAUCACCAGGUUAUACAACGUCAGGUGGUGAAACUUCUAGUAGGAUAUCAAUGAGUGAGGUAACAGAAGAUACAACAGGAGGAACAGGUGAAUUGUCUAUCGUGGAAGAAAAUGAAACUGAAAACAAACCCAAAAUGCCUAAGGCAGUGCACGAAUAUGAAGAGGCACGUCAAGCCGGAAGCCAACAGUUACUUUAUCAACGAGAUCCAAAUGCAAAUGCAAAUGUUACACCUGUGUCAUCUAAGAUGACAAAAAAAGUGUAAGAAGCUGUGAAAUAGGGCGUUUCAACUUUGUUGCUCGUAACACAAUUUAUAGAAGAUAUUUUUCUAAAUUGUUUGUGUUGAAUGUUUUUUAUGUCUUUGAUUUUUUUAGAAUCAUGCUGCAAACAUUUUACAAAUUCGAUGUUUAAAAAGAAAUUUGUGUUGAUUACAUAUCGGUAUUUCAUCCAGAGGACCUUCAUAGAUAAUAAGUUCUCAAACUUGAUCAAUGUUAUGUCAUAUAGGAUCUACUUUCGUCAGAUUUAAGUGUGCCUUCUUUAUUUUAACGCAAUUUAAUUUUAAUCAUUUUUUUAUAUCAUAUAUUAUACGAAUUUCCGAAUUUCCGAGCAAUUUAGUAGUCAAUUAUAAGAGAUAUGACAGAUCAAGGUAGCUCAAAAUGAAGGUCGCUCUAAAAAUGAAUUUGUAUUUGCGUUUUUUAAGUUAAUAUCUGUGAAAUAUUAAAGAUCACUUUCGUUGACAUAUUUUUCUGCUUAAUUGUUCUCUGUGUUAUUAUUAUUUUGUUCUAAUUUUAUUCCUAUUCAUGGUUGAUACUCAUUCAUGUUUCAUGAUAUCUGCGAUAUGUAAUAUAGUAUUUGUAUUCGAU